UUCUUUCCCAUUCUUUGUCUGUUCUCUCAGCUCUCCAAUCAUUUGACUCACUGUUCACACUUGAAACAACCUUAUUUAUCUCAAGUCUUGAGCGUUAUUAGCGUCAAUCUGAACCUUUCAGCUCAGAGUUUGCUCAUGUGAAGAAUUAUUUACCAUGUCUUUUGACGUCUCAUCCAUUGUAGCCAGGUACCUGAAUUCUUGCAAGCUGCAUGAGGUGAUACCCAAUGCAGCUCUUCUAUCAGAGCUUUAUAAGGCCAGCGUGCAGAAAAAAGCUCAACAAAGGAGGACUCUAUUAGUUUCACUUGAAAAACUUGAAGAUGUUGACAUGUCCCCCCUCGUCGAUGUAUUGCUUAAAAUCCAUCUAUUUGAUGUUGAUGCAGUGGAUGUACUUUGCACUUCACCCUUGGCUGUGAAGCAAGAAUCUGUGGUCUCCCUAGUGCGUGCAGUCAAUUCAACACUCCGCACUGUUGAUCUUCAGGAUAUGCUAUUUAAAAAGGAAAUCUUGUGGGACCUUUUUCAGGGCGGUUUAAAUUGCCAAUCGCUAAAGCUGAGGUCCACUGAGAUUCAAAACCUGAAUAUGGUUGGAAGCUUCAUGCAGUUACACACCCUUAAUCUUGACUUCUGUUCUUCCCUCACUAGCUUAGAGAUGGAUUCCUUUGCUUGCAUGCCAAAAUUGAUGCGUCUUUCCAUAUGUGGAACUAGAAUAGCUGAUCUGUGGACAACCCGUGCUGCUUUGACACGCCUUCCUUCUUUGACAGAAUUAAGGUUUCAAAACUGCAUAUGUUGCAAAGAUACUGGGCCAUGUCUUGCAUCAUCCAAUGGUGCUGGCAGUCCAGCUUCUGUUGGCAACUUAUUUUCAACUUAUGGGUUUAAAAGUAUAAACCAGGACUCACUUGAUGAUUCGGCAGAUUUGCAACAUGAGGUUUCUUUUUGUGAUUUGCAUGUUCAAGAGAGAGAUGAUUGUCCCGAGGAUAUAAACUUGAAACUGAGAGACAGAUCAGUUGUUUCCAAGAUGUAUCUUUCUUGUCAUCCUUCACCAAUCUGCUAUGAGAAAUACUACAGGGAAUACAUGAUUGCUUCAUUGCCUCAUUUGGAAGUGCUAGAUAACUUUCCUAUAAGAAAGCUGGAUAGAGAAUUGGCAAAUACUGUCUUCUCACAGUACUACGAGUAUCUGCCGUACAAACGCCAGCGCAAAGAAAAUGUUGCAAGUGUUUUGCAUAUGCGUGAAACAGGUAGAGGUAAUGUGUACCACAGCAAAUCUUCUCGCAUAAAGGAGGCAGUUUCUUGUAGGAAAAGUCCAUAUUUCUAUUCAAGGUCCCUCUGCGCAGCCAAACUUUGUUCAUCUGCUUCUCCUUCCCUGCAUAUGCUGUCUAAUAUCAGCAAUAAUGUCAAAGAAGGAAGUGGGAACCUUCGACCAAGACAGUUUGAGUAUCAUCCCACUAAUCCUAGUCUAAUGGCUUUUGGAACUUUGGAUGGGGAGGUGGUCGUCGUAAACCAUGAUGCUAGAAAUACUUUCAGUUACGUUCCACUCUUUGGGGUGACUAAUAGCAUCUUAGGCCUCUGUUGGCUUAACAAGAAUCCAUUUAAGCUCCUUGCUGGUUCUGACAAUGGCUCUUUAAGAUUGUAUGACAUCAAUGACACAUCGCCAAAAGCAGAGACAAGCUAUAGCAGUUCCAGCCCUGCUGUUUUUGAGAAAUUUGAACAGUUGACUUCACUUCAUGUUAAUUCAACGGAUGAUCAGUUUGUUACGAGUGGUUAUUCAAAGAAAGUUGCCAUAUACGAUAUUUGUAGUGGCAAGCGCUUACAUUUGUUCAGUGAUAUGCAUCAAGAACCCAUUAACGUGGCUAAAUUUGCACAUCACUCUCCAAACCUGCUUGCUACUUCAUCAUUUGAUCGUGAUGUCAAAUUGUGGGAUUUGAGGCAGACGCCAAAUCACCCCUGUUAUACAGCCUCGAGCUCAAGGGGAAACGUGAUGGUUUGCUUCUCCCCAGACGACCUUUAUCUACUGGUAUCGGCUGUAGACAACGAGGUGAAACAACUUUUGUCUGUAGAUGGGAGGCUGCAGACAGAUUUCGGUAUAGCUUCCACAGGGAGCGCUCAUAAUUAUACACGAUCAUAUUACAUGAAUGGGAGGGACUAUGUUAUUAGUGGAAGCAGUGAUGAAUCAAUUGUUCGCAUUUGUUGUGCUCAAACAGGGAGGCGAUUGAGGGACUAUUAUUUGGAGGACAGGGCAUUGGAGAGUCCAAUAUUGGUGCAGUCCUUGAGAAGUGAUCCUUUCAGACAUUUUCACAUGGCUGUCUUGGCAUCCUAUGUGCGGCCCAGUUCAAGACGAGACAUCAUUAAGGUCAAUUUGCUAGAAUCAGGACAAUAUGGUGAUAAAGAUUCCAUGAGCGAAGAUUGUUGCAAUUCUUAUGGUUAUGGCGGUUGAAUUUUGCAUCUCGCAAAUUUGUGUGUACAUAUGUGUACGAAAGCCCAGAUUUUCUGCAUAUGAAUCUCAGUGGAAGUUUUGCUCAAGGAAAAAUAUGAUGGUUGCUAGAACUUGUCUUCAUUGGCUUUGGAUCAGCUGGGUAGUUUUCUCAAUUUAAACAGUCAAGAUUAUAAUAUGAAGGCAGAAUAGCCUAAAUGGCACUUAUACUUGUACCACUUUGUCAUUCCGGUCCUUGUAUUCAAUAAAGUUUCAUCCAGAUACCUGAACUCAGUUAAAACAUGUAUUUUAAACC